ACAUAUCUCUGCCAAGCAAAAAAAUUAAAGCAGCAAUUCGAAAAACAUCAGCCAAUUUCUGUAACGGUUGCCAUUUCAAGAGAACGUGAUCUUCCAAAAAUUUUUUUUGGGCCAUUUUAUAUGUGCUUGUGCUCGCCUUUGGAUGAAUUAUGUGUUCUGUUUUCGUCAGGGAAUUUUAUAGGGUUGAUAGAAAAUACAAUCCAAGAUCAUUCAGAUACAAACUUUAAAACAACGAUGGGGUAUCUGCAUAUAUCCAUAAAAACACUGCUUGAUAGGUAUACUGCCCUAACUGUUGUCUGCACACUAGAUUUGAUACUGUCAUUUGUCUCGUUGGUUUUAAUCUUAGUGUACAACUGUAAACGGUAUCCACGGAAAAGACUUGGAGUUAUUUGUAGUAUCUCUAUGAUUCUCUCAGGUACGACCACUUUCCUCUUUACAUUGAUAUAUUUGAUAAUGUACGGACGCUUCACGAACUCUCUGAUUGUACAACCGUUUACAGGAGCCUUUGAUUUUAGUUUUCCUUACUCGCCUGUACUGUGUAUCUUUGGAUCUAUCAUGUAUUUUGUUUGUGCCAGCAUACUAAUUAAGCUGACAAUACAAUCAAAAGGACAGUUCAAUUAUGAGAUGAUGGUGAUUGACAUAUCAGAGGGUGGAAGCACAUACAUCGCAAAGACAUAAAUGCUUAGGAUUUUUA